GUAUUUAUCAACAUAUUAUGGGGAUACGAUUAGGUUUUAGUAAUGUUUUCUAUAUUUAAAACUUUUCUAUUAUUAUUUUUAAUACCGAAAGAAGUAAUUAAUCAUAGAAACAUAGCUGUAAUCACAGAAGACAAAAAGAGAGAGAAGAAACAUAGCUGUAAAUGCUUCUAUCUUCCUCUCCUCGCUGUCUCUCUCUCUAUAUAUAUAUAUAUAUCAACCCUCUCUCUCUCUCUCUGCUCUUCACUCUCUAACCUGUCAAAAAUUGGUGACAACAUCCCAUCCAAGAGUUUCAGUUUUGGUGCACACACACAAAGCUCGUACAACAUUUUUCAUGGCUCUUCGCUGCUUACUUAAAUCUCCAACAACUUCCUCUUAUAUUUCUAAGAUCUGUGGAUUUCGUAUGCAUGGGACCAAGGCAGUAGCUUCUGUUGUAGAAGAACAUGUAUCAGCGAUGCUGAGGUCAGAACGUGAGGAUGAAGAGUAUGCUGAUGUGGACUGGGACAACCUCGGAUUCAGUCUUGUACCAACAGAUUACAUGUUCGCCACCAAAAGUUGUAGAGAAGGAAACUUCGAACAAGGUUGCCUUAGCCGUUACGGCAACAUGGAACUCAACCCUGCUGCUGGAAUUCUCAACUAUGGCCAGGGACUAAUCGAGGGGAUGAAGGCGUACAGAGGAGAAGACGGCAGGGUUCUUAUGUUUCGUCCAGAGCUAAACGCGAUGCGUAUGAAGAAUGGAGCUGAGAGAAUGUGUAUGCAUUCUCCUUCUGUUCAGCAGUUUAUGGAAGGUGUCAAGCAGACCGUUCUCGCAAACAAACGUUGGGUUCCUCCUCCGGGAAAAGGCUCGUUGUAUCUCAGACCGUUGUUGUUUGGAAGCGGAGCAAGCCUGGGUGUGUCUGCAGCUUCAGAAUACACUUUUGUUGUGUUUGGCUCUCCUGUUCAGAACUAUUUUAAGGAAGGUACAGCAGCGUUGAACCUCUACGUUGAGGAGGUGAUUCCACGCGCGUAUAUUGGAGGAACUGGUGCCGUUAAGGCCAUUUCUAAUUACGGUCCAGUGCUUGACGCGAUGAGAAGUGCGAAAGCGAGAGGAUUCUCGGAUGUAUUGUAUCUUGAUGCAGAAACAAAGAAGAACAUAGAAGAAGUUUCAGCUGCUAAUAUAUUCCUUGUUAAGGGGAAUACAAUAGUAACUCCAGCUACAAAUGGGACUAUUCUCAGAGGGAUCAUACGAGAGAGCGUUAUCGAAAUUGCCCUUGAUCUUGGUUAUAAGGUGGAAGAACGAGUAGUUCCGGUAGAAGAAAUGAAGGAAGCAGAAGAAGUUUUCUGCACCGGAACUGCCGCUGGAAUUGCUUCUGUUGGAAGCAUCACGUUUCAGAACAUAAGGACUGAGUACAAAGUGGGAGAUGGGCUAGUUACACAACAACUUCGAUCUAUUCUUGUCGGAAUACAAAAUGGUUCUAUACAAGACACAAAAGGCUGGGUGCUGGAGAUUGACUAAUUUGAGAGAAAAAGAGAUCAUUGUGUUGCACUCUUUGCUGUAUAACUUAUAAGAUAAAACUUAUUAAAACCUCAACAAUAUUGUUUACAAUGUUUGCAUCUAUUCAUUGUCUUUAGAUGA